CGGUGGGGCUCCCACGCUGCGCUGCUCUUCUAUCUUCUCUAUCUGCUGCCUAUGCAGCCCUGCCAUCGCUCUUCGUAUAGACUCCGUGCCGUGCGGCUUUAGCUGCCGCUCCGUGCCUUAGUCCGUCACAACAGGGACCACCGCGACUACCUACCGCACACGGCUAUCUGCUUGACCCUAUCCACAGCAAUUCCAACACAUAAAAGGCCGCCAGCAUCGCCUCCGACCACAUUGACACCCUCUCUAAAGUUAUCUCGCUACUCGUCCUCCUUGCCAUCCCCGAUUCGCUCGGGACGGCCUCAUCAUGAAUCAUGGAUUGUUUGUCCAGGGCGGCCCCAGCAUAGAGUUCCUCAGACCGAACGAGAGGCUCCCGCACACGACCAGUGGCGGAUAUGCGGAAUCGAACAUUCUCGGAACACAAGCUCGGAUAGCACUCCUGGUAGCUUCGGCGGUUGUCACAUUCAGCAUUCUGUUCGUUUGUCGACUGGUGGUCGGUAUUCCGUUUCUGCCGCCUGUCGACUAUCGGUCGUUCAGAAUAUUCAGCAAGCACGACUUUGUCGCCCUCCAUGGAGCCGACGCUCUGCCAUCAAAAGCCCCGAUCGAAAAGCUGCAGGGAGCACGCAGAAAUUGGGCGUGGGCGCAGUUGAUAUGUCUGAUAUCUCUGGUUCUUGUAGAUUCCUUUGUGUUGGCCACGAGCCUAGCGCAAGGCGAUCCCUUCGUCGAGGAGGCGGUGGAGCUUGCCUAUUGGUGUCUCAUUCUGGGUCUCUUCUCGUUUCGCUUCUACGCGACGCCAUACCGGCCAACGAUAUUUCUUCUGACGUGCUUCGCUUGCUUCCUGCCGGUGGUUCUGGUGUUUCACCGGGAUAUAUGGCCUAAAUUGUUGCUUAAUCCGCCGCAAGACAGGCUUGACGAUGCCCGCACGGGUUGGCCGAUAUACGCAAGACUGGCAUUGUCGUUCGUCGUGGAGGCUUGUUUUGUGUUUACCCCGCGACAGUGGUAUCCCGUGGAUCCGUUCUCGCCGGACGUUGUAUCGCCAGAGCAGACGGCUUCGGUCUUCAACUACUUCACAUAUGGCUGGAUCACGCGGCUGGUUACCAUCGCCUGGAAUCGGGAUAUCGUAAUCGACGACUUCGAUGCCUUGCCGGACUACGACCGCGCCCGCCUCUGGCUCAACAAGUACGAACAGAACAAGAAGGCCAACGCUCUACGCACGAUGUUUGCUCUUUUCCGCUGGGACUUCUUAUACAUGACGUUAUUCAGCUUCGCGGUCGGAGUUCUCCAGUUCAUCUGGCCCCUGUCCAUGAGGGAGCUCCUAGCGUACAUCGAGAAGUCGAAGACUCCUGAGAUUACCCCCUGGGUUUGGGUCUUUGGGUUGUUCAUUGGACCCAUAUGCGCAGCUGCGGCUUACCAAGGAUACAUCUUCAACUCCACGCGCCUCAUCAUUCGGAUCAAAGCCGCCUUCACGCAGGCCCUUCUGUCGAAGACGUUGAAGAUACGAUUCACCAGCGAUGAAAAACAGCAAGCGGAAAAAGGCGACAACCAGCCAUCGGCCACCGGCUCGAAAGUUGGCCGGAUCAACAACAUGAUGUCUUCUGACCUCCAGCAGCUGGCAGACGCUCGGGAGUUCUUCAUGCUCGUCGGCACUGUGCCAAUCGAAAUCGUGCUGUCUGUCAUCUUCCUCUACGAUCUCUUGGGCUGGUCAAGUUUGGUCGGCGUGGCGCUCAUGCUCGCAACAAUGUUUGUCCCGGUCAUGUUGGCCAAAAUCCUGGCCAAGGUUCAGAAACGCCUUCGAGCGGCCACGGACGCUAGGAUUGGCCUGAUGGUCGAAACGAUGAAUUCGAUCAGAAUCAUCAAGUUCUUUGGCAUGGAGAAGCCUUUCUUGGGCCGUAUUCGGGACAGCAGGAAUAAGGAGCUCCGACUUACUUUCAUCGGCGCCAUGUACAAUCUAGGUUUCCAUACGAUUUCAACUCUUUUGCCAGUUAUCAAUAUGCUGUUCACAUUUGGUCUCUACACCAAGGUGAUGAAGCAGCCGCUGACUGCCAGUAUCGCAUUUACUUCCAUCAGUCUGUUUGAUAUUUUGCGUUCGCAAUUCAUAUGGAUGGCAUUCGUGUCCCAACAAGUGCUCUACGCUUUUGUCUCUUUUGAGCGGAUCGACAAGUUCUUGAACCACGAGGAGGAAAUCGAAGAGACCGCCGCCUACACCGACGAUUCUGGAGCAGAAGACCGCCCACCAAGCUACGAGAACGCUACGCUCUCAUGGAACGUUCCGGGUGCCGAAGGCGACAAUAACUUCCGAAUGCUGGACGUCAAUGUCGAAUGCGCGCCAGGCGGGUUGACAGUGGUUGCUGGUCCGGUGGGGAGCGGCAAGACCAGUUUCCUACUUGGACUUCUGGGGGAGAUGCGGGUCUCGAAGGGAAAAGUUCAUCUUAACCGUGCGAACGGCAUUGCUUUCGCAGCACAGACACCAUGGCUCCAGUGCGAAACGGUACAGAACAACAUUCUUUUCGGAACGGAAUACAACGAGGAGCGCUACCAGAAAGUGGUCGAUGCAUGCGGCCUUUCUGCGGAUUUCGAGGCGUUUGAGGCAGGCGAUCAGACUGAGAUCGGUGAGCGUGGUGUGUCUCUCAGUGGAGGUCAGAAGGCCCGCGUUGCCCUGGCAAGGGCCGUCUAUUCGCCUGCGCAAAUCGUUUUGCUCGAUGAUGUUCUCUCGGCGUUGGACGCUGGCACCGCUAAGACUGUUGUUGAGAAAUGCCUGAUGGGAGAUGUCCUGGCCGGACGUACCGUUGUGUUGGUGACUCACCACCUCUCGCUCGUUUCCUCGGUGGCCAAGAAAGUCGUCGUUCUUGAGGAUGGCCGUGUUGUUUCGGACUGUGCUCCCCAGGCUUUACCGGGAGAUAUCAUUGGAAGAAUCGCGGAAGAGGAGCCAGCGGCCGUGGAAGAAUCCCAGCCUGCGGACUUGAUCGAUAUUCCUCCCAAGGCACUCAGCGUCAAUGCAGGCUUGAAGGGCACCAACAAUGCAAAUGGAACGGCCAAGGGAAAAUUGGUGAAAGAGGAAGGUUAUGGUACCGGAAGGAUCCCGAAGCGAUUGAUUUGGGAUUACCUGAAGAACUAUGGUGGGAUUGUGGUAAUGGUGCUGUUGAUGAUCUUCAACGUCGCAGACCAGCUGGGCGGACUCGCCAACCAGUUCUUUGUUGCCCUGUGGUCAGACGAAUAUACGAACAAUCCGGACCAUGUCAACGUUAAUCUGUGGCUGGGUCUUUACGCCGCUGUUCUUGUCGGCACCACGCUACUCGACGUUGCAACCUACGGUGCCUGGUUCGGCUUCCAGUGGCUCGCCGCACGCCGUCUCCACGACAAACUGGUCAAAUCCGUGAUUUACUCUCCCAUCAGGUUCUUCGACACUACGCCAGUGGGACGGAUAAUAAACCGACUUUCCAACGACGUUAGGUCCGUCGACAGCAAGAUAGGUCCAUAUCUGUUGCAGCUCAUCAUGCAGUGUCUCGAAGUCGUCAUGCGCUUGGUGGUCAUGUCGGGCUUGAUACCUGCGUUUCUGUUCCCCACGGUGUUUGCAUCGGUGCUCGGGCUGGGAUGCGGUAUGAUGUAUGCCAAAGCGCAGAUCGGCGUGAAGCGCAUCGUGUCGGUCAAGGAGUCACCGUUGAUGUCGCAUUUCGGAGACGCAAUCAAUGGAAUCCUCACCAUCAGGGCUUUCUCGUGCCAAGGACGCUUCUUAGAGGAGAACAUGAAGAGGGUGGAUGAUUUCAGCACACCGAAUGAGGCCUUCUUCAACCUCAACCGUUGGAUAGGAAUCAGGAUCAGUUGGUGCACCGCUUUGAUCGGUGGUGCUGCUGGAUUCAUCGCUCUCUCUUCCGAGGGCUAUUCACCUGGCUUGAUUGGUUUCAGCAUGACGAACUGUGUGGCGUUCUCGUCGAGCGUUCUCGCCGGUGUGAGAUAUUUGAAUGCUUUGGAAGUCGAACUCAACUCCUAUGAGCGUGUCGAAGAGUGGAUUAACCUCCCGCCAGAGGAAAUUCCUAGUAAGGACAAAGAGCCCCCGGCGGCAUGGCCAACCCAGGGCGACGUCCGCAUACAGGACCUGAGCGUCAAAUACACUGAAGAUGGUCCGGAUGUUCUGCACAAAAUCAGCUUCGACGUCAAGCCGCGCGAGAGAAUUGGAGUCGUGGGUCGGACGGGCGCGGGAAAAUCUUCGCUUGCGCUCUCUCUUCUGCGGUUUACGCACAUUUCGGGUGGUUCGGUGAUUAUCAACGGCAUUGAUAUCAAGAAUAUCAACCUUGAGGCGCUGAGGCGGCGCAUCACAAUCAUUCCCCAGGAUCCUGUGUUAUUCAGUGGAACGAUCCGGAGCAAUCUAGACCCGUUCGAUGAGACAGACGACACUGAGCUGCAGGAUGCGCUUGAAGCCUGUGGGCUCGCAGACCCUCAAGGGCUCAGCGCCGAAGAUACACAGGCGUCGGGGACAUCAACCCCAACGGGAACUAAGCGCAUCACGCUGGAUUCGCCAGUUACUAGCGAAGGCUCCAACCUGUCGCAAGGUCAACGGCAGCUGCUCGCAUUCGCCAGGGGAGCUCUUGUGAGGCGAUCGAAACUAGUGAUUUUGGAUGAGGCUACCAGCUCCACAGACAUGAAGACGGAUGAACGGAUCCGAGAAUUAUUCAACACGAAUGGGAACUUUGUAGACUCUUCUUUCAUCAUGAUUGCCCACCGUUUGAGAACCGUCAUGCAGUUCGACCGAAUUCUAGUUCUUGAUAAUAGCGGCAACGGAGGCGAGGUUGUGGAAUUCGACACUCCGCGGAACCUGCUGAGUAACGAGGACGGCGUCUUUUACAGCCUUGCGCAGAAGAGCGGUGAGUUUGAGGAAUUGCUGGCUUUGGCAAAUACUAGCACCGGAAGGUAGCCGGGUCGCGCCGGUGAUGGAAGCUGGGAUGCAGCGGGUAAUCGCUGCUUGCUACAUUGAUACUGUGGGGAUGGAGGAAUUCACGAAUAAUGAUAGAGGAAUAGAGUAUGCUACAUGUGAUGUAUGGAUGAGGUGUGCCGUAGAUGGAUGGGGGUUCCACUAGUAACUGCAACUGCAAUAGACGAUUUGCAGUCA